AUGCCUGAACCCACCGGUGACCCAAAUAAAGUCAAUCCUGACGACCUCACCACCCUGACCGGCACAUGCCUGUGUGGCUCCAUACGCGUCACGAUCAACGACCCUGACCUCUUCACCAGGCGGCGCGGACACCUUUGCCACUGCGCCAACUGCCGCAAGGUUGCUGGAAGCUAUGUCGCAGCGAAUCUACUAAUUGAGAACGACAAGGUGGAAAUUGAGGAUAAGAAUGGGACGUUGAAGGAGUUCAAGGACACCGAGACAAUAAGCGGGACGCCGCUGGGAAGGUGGUUCUGCUCCACGUGCGGAAACCCCAUCAAAUCCGUUGUACCAGCCUACGGCGACAAGGUCGUCCUGAAGAUGGGCAUCUUCCCACGCAUUCCGGCCCCAGAAUUCGAGACCUUCGGUUCACAUCGGCAUCCCUGGCAAGGCCUACAUGAGAACAUGGAACAGUACAAGCUCAAGGCCGGCGGAGAGAAGAUAGAGAUACCCGUAGCUCGGCCCAAUGAGCAGUCUGUCGAGGAUUUCCCGCAUAAUCUGUGA